AUGACAGUGCCACCACCCAAGACUACGACAGUGCCACCACCCAAGACUACGACAGUGCCAACACCCAAGACCAUGACAGUGCCACCACCCAAGACUACGACAUGUGCCACCAUCCAGACUACGACAGUACCACCAUCCGACUACGACAGUGCCACCACCAAAGACCAUGACAGUGCCACCACCAAGACUAAGACAGUGCCACCACCCAAGACUACGACAGUGCCAAUCCAAGACUACGACAGUGCCACCAUCCAAGACUACGACAGUGCCACCAUCCAAGACUACCAUCCAAGACUACGACAUGCUAUCACCCAAGACCAUGACAGAGCCACCACCCAACUACGACAGUGCCACCACCCUGAACUACGACAAUGCCACCACCAAGACUACGACUAA